AAUAGAGCUUGGAGCUCCUAACCAGAGCAGCCUACAUGGCUCUGGUUACACUCGCCAGCUGAUGUUUCUUAUUGCAGCUGAACACGGGUGAGCUGCACACUUUCCCGCUGUUGGUGCACGUGUGUGUGUGUUUGUGAACAGCUCUGUCUUUCUACAGGGAUAAGGUGCUACACACUGCCACCAUGCCUAAGGUUCAAUUGCCAGAAACCGACGAGCACGUGCGUGCAUUCGCUGAGAAGGUGUUCGCCUCUGAAACCAAGGAUGAAGACAUCCGUGAGGAGGUCUCCCUCUUUGGAGUGGCUGAUUGCCCCAUUCUCAACCAGGAGCUGGAACACCACCUAACCGUGGAUGAUGAUAUUGAGAGACGCAAGAAGCAUCUCCUUCGCUCCCAACAGAUGUCAGAAAUACCAACCUAUCUCGAGGUGCCUCAUUUCCAGAGGGUAACCAUCACAGGAGACUAUGCCUCUGGGGUGACAAUGGAUGACUUUGAGGUGGCCUGCAAGGGUCUGUGCCAUGCUUUGAGCAUCAGAGAAAAGUACAUGAGGCUGGCUUUGCAGAGAUUCCCCCAAACCACAUCUCAGUACCUGCGUGAGAUUGAGGGGGAGAAGUGGAACCCAGAGGAUCUGGUGCAGCCAGUCUUUACUUCACCUCCUAAAAAAGGAGAGGAUCCAUUCAACACCAAGUCUCUGGCUUCUGACGCUGGCUAUGUGGCCCGCAUGCGGGAUGGUGUCAUCUAUGUCUAUAAAGACGCAGCAGAUGCAGACAAACACAAGCCCUUGAACUUGCCUGCUCCUGACUACACCACCUUCAUCGAUGAUAUGAACUUCCUCAUUGCCCUCAUUGCCCAGGGCCCAACAAAGACGUACACUCACCGUCGUCUGAAGUUCCUCAUGUCCAAGUUUAACGUGCAUGAGAUGCUGAACGAAAUGGAGGAAAUGAAGGAGCUGAAGAAAAACCCCCACAGGGACUUCUACAACUGCAGGAAGGUCGACACUCACAUUCAUGCUGCUGCCUGCAUGAACCAGAAGCAUCUUCUGCGCUUCAUCAAGAAGUCCUACCGAGUAGAUGCUGACCGAGUGGUGCACAAUAUCAAGGGCAAAGACAUAACCCUGAAGGAUCUCUUUGCCUCCCUCAAUCUGCAUCCCUAUGACCUGACCGUGGAUUCACUGGAUGUGCAUGCUGGUAGACAAACCUUCCAGCGCUUUGAUAAGUUCAAUGCCAAGUACAACCCUGUGGGGGCCAGUGAGCUACGUGACCUUUAUCUGAAGACUGAGAAUCACAUUGGAGGAGAAUACUUCGCCACCAUCAUUAAGGAAGUGGCCAGUGACCUCGAGGAUGCUAAGUACCAGUAUGCUGAGCCUCGUCUUUCCAUCUAUGGCUGCAAUCCCAGUGAGUGGACAAAACUCUCCAGCUGGUUCAACAAGAACAGGGUGUUUUCCCCUAACCUCAAGUGGAUGAUUCAAGUACCUAGAAUCUAUGAUAUUUUCAGGGCCAGGGACUUCGUGCCUCACUUUGGGAAAAUGCUGGAGAAUAUCUUCAUGCCCAUUUUCCAAGCCACCAUUGACCCUCAGUCCAACCCUGAACUGAGCAUCUUCCUGCAACAUGUCACAGGCUUUGACAGUGUGGACGAUGAAUCCAAGCACAGUGGUCACAUGUUCUCCACCAAGAGCCCUAAGCCAAAUAAGUGGGACAUUGUGAAGAACCCAUCUUACACUUACUACAUCUACUACAUGUAUGCCAAUAUUGCCAUGCUCAACCAGCUGCGCAAGGAGAGAGGAAUGAACACGUUCCUGUUCAGGCCACACUGUGGAGAGGCAGGUGCUAUCACCCAUCUUCUGGCCUGUUUCAUGACAGCUGACAAUAUCUCUCACGGCCUCAACCUCAAGAAGAGCCCAGUCCUGCAGUAUCUGUACUUCCUGACUCAGAUCCCGAUUGCCAUGUCUCCUCUUAGCAACAACAGUCUCUUCCUGGAGUAUAAUAAGAAUCCACUGCUGGAGUUCCAUAAGAAGGGCCUGGUGGUGUCUCUGUCCACUGAUGACCCCAUGCAAUUCCACUACACCAAGGAACCCUUGAUGGAGGAAUACGCCAUCGCAGCUCAGGUGUUCAAGCUCAGCACCUGUGACAUGUGCGAAAUCUCAAGAAAUAGCAUCCUUCAGAGUGGCCUGUCACGUGAGGAGAAAGUUCAGUUCCUGGGCACUAAUUAUUUGAAGGAAGGUCCAGAGGGCAACGAUAUACGCAAGACAAACGUGGCUCAGAUCCGUAUGGCCUAUCGCUACGAGACUCUGUGCUAUGAGCUCGACCUCAUUAAGCAAGGCAUCAAGGGUGACUAA